AUGCACGAGAAGGGCGGGCAGCGACGGCUGAGCAGAGUCAGCGAGCUCGACGUGAUUGGGGCCGUGUGCUGCCUCUAUGCUGUGUGCAUUGCAAGUGCCCACGCUCUCUUGUACGACUCGGUGCCAUUCCGCCUCGUGGCACCGGCGACCAACCCGCUCGCGACAGCUGCCGUCCUCCUCAGUGUCGCCGUCCUCCAUCUCUUUGGCCUCUACCAGCUCGCCCGCUCGCGAAGCGGCCUCAACGACAUCAUUUCGCGCAUGCGUUCGAUGCGCCAGCUACCACCCUCGCGACACAGCCGCAGUCGCAGCCACAUGUCAUCUCGAUCGUCGGUCGCGCCCCGGUUCCAAGACCAGGGGGACGACGUGCAUGACUGGCACAUUGUGCGGCACAAUAUCGCUGCUGGGUUGGCGGCCCAUGGAUGCGCGGGCACGCGACGAAGCAUCCGCCUCCAGCACCUCCACGUCAAGAUGACGGUCGUGACGGUGGCAAUGACGGCCGACAAAUACUUUCAACGGUUUUUGGGCAAGAAAGGGCUCUUUAGCCAAAAUGGCGCGCUCUACGAGCUCCGACUGCUCGCGCGCGAAGUUGUGAUUGUACCAAUUCAGUUUCUGCGCGGGUACAAGCUCAGCAGCCACGUCGAGUCGGCGUGGGUUGUUGUCUACGGCGUCGUGCUGGCUAUACAAUGGCUCGUGGUGCCCCCGCUCUUGGCGUGGAAUUUCUACUCGGUGCACGCGUCGGGCGACAAGCGCGACCAGAUCCAAGCGGGUCGGAUCCGCAUUUUGCUCUUACUUUUGGCCUUUGACCUUGUUCUUGGCGUCGCGAUCCCCGUGCUACUACUUGGACCGAGCGUCAUGCAUUUGGUGCGCGGAGACGUGGCAGACGCGCCGACCAUCGAGCACGUGCACGACCUCUCGGUCGCUCGCGCUCUUGUCAUAGGGUCGGUUCUCGAUCUUGUUUCGGCCACCAUCACGCUCGGCGUGAUCUACUGGACGCUGCAGAGUGUCUGCGCCGUUCGCCGACGCGCCUUCUUGAAGGAGAAUAUUACGGUGGCAGCCAAGAUGCCAGCACCAUCGACGCGGUCCCGUCGUUCGACGCGCUUCAAGUCGCGCAUGAGCAAGGCGUCCGUGGCGCCGACGACGCCCGUUGGCAGCAAGGCCUCUGUCUCGCCCACAAUCUACGAUCUUCCAGCGUUCCACGCCUUUGCUCGGCAGGAAGCGCGUGCACAUGCCUGCCGCCGACGGCUCUUCCAAGGCAUGCUGGCGUUCUCAACGCUGCUUGCCGCGGCGCUCCUUCUGGUUGUCUUACGAGCCGCGCUGCCCUGCAAAACGACACCCCAUUCGAAGAUGACCUGCACGAGCUUUGUGCGGCCGUGGCAUGUUCAGCCUCUCUUCUCCCAGCGCUGCGAGUGCAAGCUACUCUCGGCCGCGUGUGCAAGCAUGGAUGCCACGCACGACAGCAACAACAUCAGCGAUUUUUUGCUCUCGCAUGCCGCGCAGUCGAUCAACGCUCUCUCACUGACCAACUGCUCGCAGCAGCAUACGCCGGCCAUCGUCGCGGGCGUCGAGCAGCUGCCGUCGCUCUGGUAUCUCUCGCUCAUACAUUGCCACGAAGACGUGGACACGAUGGAGUUCAAUUUGACGCACUUGACCACCCUCGUGUACCUCGCGCUGCAUGGCAGUGUCUUCACUGCGCUUCCGUUGUCGCUGCGAGAGCUCCCGCCGCUCGUCUCGACAUUGGACCUGUCCAUGACCGACUGGAGCCAAGUCGAGUGGCCGGUGUGGGUGCCUUCGGCGUGGGGCAACCUGCGGCACAUUUGCCUCGCCGCCUGUCAUUUGUCGUCGCUGCCAUGGCCGCUGCUACACCUCUCGAGCCUCAUUACGCUCGAUGUCUCGUUCAACCAGAUGACGACGAUACCGCUUCUCAAUGGGACAACAUGGCCGCGCUUGACGCAGCUGGACCUCGGCAACAACGCACUAGUGGCGGCUCCGCUCGGCGUGUGGUCGCUACCGCAGCUCGAGUCGCUCGUCUUGACCAACAACGCACUCGGGCUCUGCCCAUGGCCCGCGCGCUAUCAGCAGCAACUCGUGCUUACUGGCAACCCGUGCUGCGACAAGACGACGUCCCCGUUCUGUUAA